AUGCUUGAGGAAAAGCUGAUCGUUGGCGUCGCUUCUGCCUGCUCCACUUUGGCCAUUGUUGCCUGCUUGGUCGUGGUUCCUUCACUCUACAACACCAUCAACGAAAUCCACGAUGAAGGUCCUCGACGGAUCACCGUCGCUCCUCCAACCAAGCCUCGUGAAAGCCCCUUCGCCUCGAUCUUCCGUGACAAAAGACAGGCCGGUCUUCCCUCAUACUGCCAGUGCACAACUCCAACGGUCAACUGCCCACCUGGACCUCCUGGACCUCCUGGACAGCCUGGAUCACCUGGACAACCCGGCUCACCUGGUCCUCCUGGUGCAGAUAACACAGUUACAUACGCUCCCAUAGUCUGCCCCGGAAGAGACACUACAUGCAUCCAGUGCCCAGCAGGACCACCUGGACCAUCAGGACCAGCUGGUGCUCCCGGAAAUCCUGGACCUGACGGAAACCCGGGUCAGGCUGGAUCUCCUGGUCAGGAUGGACAACCGGGACCAGCUGGACCUCCCGGAGAUGCUGGAUCACCAGGAAAUCCUGGAGGCGAUGGACAACCUGGAUCGCCCGGAAACAGCGGCACCACAUCAACUCCCUCUCCCGGCCCACCUGGAACUACUGGACCAACUGGACCACCUGGUAACGCCGGUAGUCCAGGACAACCAGGAAACGCAGGAAAUCCCGGAUCGCCAGGACCUGCUGGACAGCCUGGAGGACCGGGACAGCCUGGAUCAGACGGUACUCCAGGAAACCCUGGAGGAACUGCGCCACCAGGAGGUGAUGCCGCCUACUGCCCCUGCCCUCCUCGCUCAGCAGUGUUCGUAGCCCGUCGUCGUAUUGCCAAGCACUAA